ACAGUAUAGGUUAAAUAGCAGAAAGCUUUGGACUACUCUAUGUGUGUUAAAUAAAUGAAUCUCAUUUGAAAUGGAAUAACUUCUCUCCUCUAUGCUUUUUAUUUCUUUAACUAUUUCUGUUUUUCUUGUCCCUGGCUAUGGAAAACACAAUAUUUUUUUUGUUUCAAACUAAUGCUGCCUGCUCUCUUUCUGCUUCCCACCUGUUAGGAUUUGGUGGGCUUGAGACUGCAAACUCCACUGCCAGUGGGUUUAAUUUUGGGGGUUUCGGAUUAACUGCCAAUCCUGCAGUGAAUUUUAAUAUUGGGAAUUUCGGUGUGUCCACUACCUCAGCGCCACCAUUCAAUUUUGGUAACAGUCUGGCAAGUGCAGGUGCAUUUGGAGGAUUUGGGACAACUACCACCGCUCCUGGAUCAGCAUUUAGCUUUUCUGCUCCUACCAACACAGGCACCACUGGACUGUUUGGUGCUACCCAAAACAAAGGUUUUGGAUUUGGUACCGGUUUUGGCGCAGCAGGAACUGGUACCGGCCUAGGUACUGGUUUAGGAACUGGGUUAGGCUUUGGAGGAUUCAGUACCCAACAGCAGCAGCCCACAUUAGGUGGCUUGUUCAGUCAGCCCGCUCAGGCACCUUCCCAGUCCAACCAGCUGAUAAACACAGCCAGUGCUCUUUCUGCUCCCACACUCUUGGGAGAUGAGCGAGAUGCUAUUUUGGCAAAGUGGAACCAGUUGCAAGCCUUCUGGGGGGCAGGCAAAGGAUAUUUUAACACCAACAUUGCUCCGGUGGAGUUCACGCAGGAAAACCCAUUUUGCAGAUUUAAGGCUGUGGGCUUCAGUUGCAUGCCCAACAACAAAGAUGAAGAUGGCCUGGUGGUCUUAGUCUUCAAUAGAAAAGAAGUAGACAUUCGAAACCAGCAGCAGCAGCUAGUAGAAUCACUGCACAAAAUUUUGGGAGGAAACCAGACCCUUACGGUCAAUGUAGAAGGUGUUAAAACACUGCCAGAUGACCAGACUGAAGUGGUCAUUUAUGUUGUUGAGCGGUCACCAAAUGGGACUUCAAGGAGAGUUCCAGCCACGACCCUGUACGCUCAUUUUGAACAAGUUAACAUAAAAACAACACUGCAGCAGCUCGGCGUUACCCUCUCCAUGGCCAGAACGGAACUUUCUCCAGCACAAAUCAAACAGCUUCUACAGAAUCCUCCUGCUGGUGUUGAUCCUAUUAUCUGGGAACAGGCCAAAGUGGAUAAUCCUGAUCCUGAAAAGCUUAUCCCUGUGCCAAUGGUAGGUUUCAAAGAGCUGUUGAGACGGUUAAAGGUCCAAGACCAGAUGACUAAGCAGCAUCAGACCAGAUUAGAUAUAAUAUCUGAAGAUAUUAGUGAGCUGCAGAAAAAUCAGACCACAACCAUGGCAAAAAUAGCCCAGUACAAGAGGAAACUAAUGGAUCUUUCUCACAGAACCUUACAGGUGUUAAUUAAACAAGAGAUCCAAAGGAAAAGUGGCUAUGCUAUUCAGGCUGAUGAGGAACAACUUCGUGUACAGUUAGACACCAUUCAGUGUGAACUCAAUGCACCUACUCAGUUCAAGGGUCGACUAAAUGAACUGAUGUCUCAGAUCAGGAUGCAAAAUCAUUUUGGAGCAGUUAGGGCUGAAGAGAGGUACUACAUUGAUGCAGAUCUCUUACAAGAAAUCAAGCAACAUUUGAAGCAGCAACAAGAAGGCCUGAGUCAUUUGAUUAGCAUAAUAAAAGAUGACCUGGAAGAUAUAAAACUAAUAGAACAUGGAUUGAAUGAGAGCAUCCCUAUCAGAGGAGGAAUCUUCAGUUGACUUGUCAUAACCCAUUGUUAGGGGGUAUCAAAUGCAUUACUUUGUUUCAGGGUUCACUUUCAAAGCCUGAAACUGAGCAGGUUAAAAAAAAUGCAUAUCUUAGCUAUAGGAUUUUCAGAAAUUUGGUAUCUGCUGUAAUCUUUUGGACUAGCAAAGACUCUUCCAUGCUUUUCAAACUUGAUGACCUUUGGAAGGUUUAGACUUAUAAAGCUGUAUAUGCUUUCUUAAAAGAAACAAUCUGUUCAGAUACUGUUCUACUACAAAAGUUAUGUACUAUUGUACAUUUUUACAACAGCAUUGUUCUUCCAUGCAAUGCUAAGGCAAUAUUGCCUUUCAAGUUUUCAUUUUUGCAGUGAGUAAAAACAUGAAAGGAAUCUACAUCACAAAAUUAUGCAUACAAAAACAACUAGGCUGUUGCAAACCUGUGCAUUACACUGUAAACAUGUUUAAUAUUUGCUGGGGAAGUUGUGGAUUUAGUGUUUUUAGUGUAAUGUGACUUUUUUUGGACUGCAAGGCUAUAUUUUUAUAUCAUUUUGCUUAUUCAGAAAAUAGAAUAAAAUGUCUACUUUAAACUGUG